AUGAGGCAAAUGUGGGUGUGGAUGUUGUUGAUGCUGGCUUUGGUUAAUCGGUUGUGUCAUUGUUGUUUGGAGGAAGAAAGGAUUGGUCUCUUAGAGAUCAAAGUUUGGAUAAUUGACCCCAAUUACUAUGCCUUUACAGACUGGGUGGACAAUAAAAAGGAUGCCGAUUGCUGCAAGUGGGAUGGGGUUAAGUGCGAUAAUACCACAAAGCGAGUGGUCGAACUCUCUCUUGAGGAUACAAGGAAUCAAGGCUUCGAAGUCUUAUCAUCAAAAUUGAGGAAGCUUGAGAUCCUUGACCUACGUUCCAAUCAGUUUAAUGACAGCAUUUUGUUGUCUCUAAGCCACCUUACAUCCCUCAAAUCUUUAGGUCUGGCCGACAAUGAGCUAACAGGAUCUACUAGUAUCAACGGCUUCGAAGUCUUAUCAUCAAAAUUGAGGAAGCUUGAGAUCCUUGACCUACGUUUCAAUCAGUUUAAUGACAGCAUUUUGUUGUCUCUAAGCCACCUUACAUCCCUCAAAUCUUUAGAUCUGUCCGGCAAUGAGCUAACAAGAUCUACUAGUAUCAACGGUUUUGAAGUCCUAGCAUCAGGGUUGAAGAAACUAGAGGAACUUCACUUAGUGAAUAAUGCAAUUAACGACAACAUUUUACCGUCUUUGUGUGCAUUUUCAUCUCUCAAGAUUCUCGACCUAUCAGAUAAUGAGUUGACUACAAUAUCAACUUGUAUCAAUGCUUUGAGGAAAUUGGAGGAACUUUAUCUUGCUGGGAAUAUAUUUAAUGAUAGCGUUUUAGCAUCUUUGAGUGGACUUUCAUCCCUAAAGACUCUAUACCUAUCAGAUAAUAUGAACUUGACGAGAUCAACUGAUGUCAAUGGUUUUGAAGUCCUAGCAUCAGGGUUGAAGAAACUAGAGGAACUUCACUUAGUGAAUAAUGCAAUUAACGACAACAUUUUACCGUCUUUGUGUGCAUUUUCAUCUCUCAAGAUUCUCGACCUAUCAUUUAAUGAGUUGACUACAAUAUCAACUUGUAUCAAUGGUAAAGUUGUCGAUCCUACCUCAAAUGACAUCCUCUAA